AUAUGUUUUUUCAUUCAGUUUGCAUCAUUUAAAAAUAUUCUCACUGGGACACAAGAAAACGCCAAUCCCACGAACACACUUCUCUCUUGGCGUUCGAUACAGGUAGGUCUCUUUUUCUCCACUGUCCAAAUACUGGUCCAUCAAAUAUUCGAGCUUCUUCUGCAAGUCCAUAAGCAGCCCCUUAGAUCCCUCAUCCUUUUAGGGGCUCGCUAGCUUUCUUUCUAGCUUUGGAGAAGAAAAUUACCGGUACGUGAUAUGGAGUCAUUUGGAGCCAUGGGAUGUGGGGAUUGGAGCUCCUUCAAUGCAAUCUACUCCAGUACUACUGAAGAGGCUGACUUCAUGGUACGGUUGCUUGGCAACAUUUCACUUCCAAAUGACGUGCCAAACAGUUCUAAUGUCAAAUUUUCCUCCACUUACUGGCCUGCAAGUGAAUCAGAUGUAAACAAGGCCGUGGUCCAGGAAGAUUCUUCAAUCAAUUCUUCAGAUGACACUAGUGUUGAUGCUGAUGUGUGCUAUUCUUUUUCACAAGGGAGCAGUUUCAGUGGCGAAGGCAGCAGCAUUCUUUGUCCCUUGUCACAAAUCUACUUUUGCAACAGCAACAGUAUUAUUUCACAACCGAUUGUGACGAGAAAUGAUAGCUCGGUCUGUGCAGAUUAUGCUAUGAUGGAGUGCAAGAACAAAAUGGACUCGUGUGAUCAUGAGAUCAUUCGUAUGAACAAUAUCUUAAUGGAGGAAGGGCGUGACUUCCUAAACCAAGAUGUGAGCAGUGACUGCAGCAUGGAGUCUGGCGAAAACGACAUGCCUGAGGCUUUUUCUCGAGGAAUGAUUUUGCAACAAGGAAAGGAUCAGCAUGAAAUAAAUUCUCUCGCUUCAGAAAAAUCACUAGAAGAUGAAUCAGACAACUUAUUGGAGAGUUCUAAGAAAAGACCGUCAACACCUCUAGAUGUCCACAAGAAUAAGAGAAUGAUAAAUGCGAAGACCAACCAUCAAAAGCUUCAUCCUUAUGACAGUAAGAUUGCUGAAGGUGGCCAUCCCAUGCUUUGCCUCCAAAGCUCGAGCAGCUACCUCUCAGAGGAUGACUCCAAUGUUUUUCACGAGUCUAAUGCAGGAGUAUUACCAAUCCCAGCAUCAUGUUCGGACUCAAAAGGAGCAAUUACAGCAUUCAACUUAAAUGGCAAAACAAGGGCCAGCAGGGGCUCAGCAACUGAUCACCAGAGCUUAUAUGCCAGGAAAAGAAGAGAAAAAAUAAAUGAGAGAUUGAGAAUCUUGCAGAAACUUAUCCCUAAUGGAACAAAGGUUGACAUUAGCACCAUGCUUGAAGAGGCAGUCCAGUACGUGAAAUUUUUGCAACUCCAAAUCAAGCUCUUGAGCUCUGAUGAUCUAUGGAUGUAUGCUCCCAUUGCUUACAACGGAAAGAACUUGGGACUGGAUAUGGACGCUACUCUAAAAUCCUGAUCUUCCAAGACGAAAUCAUGCAUGCGUGUUGGUUCCCCAAUUUUGGUGUAUAUACUAGCAUUUAAGUAACGAAGUUUCAAUUGCGUUUGUCACUUCAAAUGAGGAUACAUGAUGGCUCGCGGGUUUUUCUUUUUUUUGGGGUUGAAAUCCGUAUCUGAUUCUUGUUGGGAACAACGGACUCUAUUCAAUUGCUAACGAAAAAUUUAGGUUA